UUUGUUGUUGCAGACAUGGCUAUAACAUCCGAUCACAUCCGGGAUAAACUCAAAACCGAGCUUGCGGCGGAGCACGUUGAUGUGGAAGAUAUGUCAGCCAACAGAUGUGCAACGAGUUUUAAAGUGCUUGUGGUGUCUUCCAAGUUUGAGGGCAAACCCCUAUUACAGAGGCAUAGGAUGGUCAACACCUGCUUAGAGGAGGAACUGAAAGACAUCCACGCACUGGAACAGAAAACCCUCACGCCAGAACAGUGGGAGAAAUGCAAGCCUAAAUGA